AAAUGACAAGGAAUGUGUUCACAACAACAAACGCGAACAGGAUUCAAAUAUUUGGAUGAUCUGAAACAAAAGGAAAAAUUUCGAAACAUUUUCGUUUAUGAAUGUGAAUAGGGAAAGAAUGACAACAAGCAUGCUGCAAGAUUCGUAUUCAAGAAAGAAUCCCGCUACCCGUCUGACGUCAUUUCUGUUUGGAUCCAACCCUAUCGACAAGCAGGACAACCAGCGUGAAAGUGCACGACACCUGGCAGAGCACAAGCAGCAACGACAAGUGAAUGAUGUCUUCUCUACAAUUGCCAGCGAUCUGUUAAAAAGCAUUGAGGCAGAAGAACAUUCUUUUACAAUGCCUGCCAAUUAUUGCCGAAACAGUUAUGACGAACAGACAUUUUUCGACCCUUUGGAUGAAGAGAUGGAUUACAGGCAGUAUGACUACAUUCGCAAUAAAUUUCAUUGCUACCAAGCUAGCCAUCAGAAUUCAAAGACUCGGCUCGAAAACUACGGAACACGAUUCGAUGUCCAGCUGGCAUCAGAUUUCAUCGAUUAUAGAGACGAUCUUUAUGAGCAGUUAGACUUUUCGUCCAACGCAAGAUCAUACAGCUUUGAUGAGCCCGCUUCACUCUCUUCUGGUUCCUUGAGCCCCGGCAGCCUCGACUUCGACUUGUCUCUAACACCUUUUCAACUGGCGGAACGAAAGAAGUCAAGGAAACCACCCGAAGGAUAUUUGUGUCAUCUCUGUUUCUGUAAGGGACACUACAUAAAAGACUGCCCGCAGGCAAGGCCCAAGGGAGAAGGGCUGACACCCUACCAAGGGAAGAAGCGAUGCUUUGGUGAAUACAAAUGUCCUUCAUGCAAGCGCAAGUGGAUGAGUGGAAAUAGUUGGGCCAACAUGGGCCAGAUGUGCAUCAAGUGCAACCUAAACGUAUACCCACACAAACAAAGGCCCUUGGACAAGCCGGAUGGUCUCGAUGUCUCCGACCAGACAAAGGAGCACCCGCAAAUGCUGUGUGAGAAGUGCAAGGUUUUGGGUUAUUACUGCAGACGUGCGUCCAGCUAAAUUCAAUCAAGGUCUCCUCUGCAAAUAUGUUGAAAUAUCAUUUUUUGCAAAUAAGAAUGCAACGUUUUAUAAAUGUACUAGCCCUCUUUCAUUAUAAACGAAAGUUUAAAAGUAUUCUAGGGCACAGCUAAAGUGGAAGGAUAAUGAUUUAUUUACAACAGUGUGAUUCCUCGAAGCUGGCAAAUCGCUUAUUUCAAUGUUUGCUCCAUUGCUUCGAUGCUGCCUGAAUUUUCUUACAUUAGCUCGAGAAACCUAAAUUCCUAUUAGCAAACAGUUAUGAAAAUAAGUUUACCUCCUUUAUUUCAGAGGCAUGUUCUUCAUGACGAUAUAAAUAUUAUACCAGUGCCAGUUGCAGUUGCCAGAUAUGCCAGUUGCAAUCCAUUGCAUAAAUCAGGAUAAAUUACCACUUGUAGUUUACUAGAGUCCUUUCCACGCAUUGUCACUACCAGGCUUUUUAAGUCGUUGAAAAAUUGCAGGCUUUUUAAGUCGUUGAAAUAUUGUCGUGGUAGCCUAAGGUUUCUUUUCAUUAAGAAUGUACUUUAAAAUUUGUGAAUUAUCACUGUCUGUUAGAAGCAGAGUUCUGUCGAUCGAGUAAUGUUUAUACUAGUUAACUGAUCAUUUUCAUAGAAGCGAUAAAUAGCGUUCUAAUGAGCCAUGUUUAUAUUGACGACUCCAGAGAGCAUAUUAAACGCCCUUCUCGCUGGAACUACGUUAUACGAAUUUAUGCAACAAAUUUAUAUUUUAGUUAUUUUUUCUAUCAUCACCGAAGAGUCUUAGUAGGGGCACAGCGCAUCACAACAGGAGCACAGAACAACCCUACAAACAGGUCUCAGUUUGAAUAUGUGGCACAUCAUGAUUGAGGGUAUUUCCAUGAUGGUACAUUAACUAAGGGCAUCUUCGUUUUGCAUCAAUAUUGGGAGUCUUAGCUGGGGUAUUAUUAUCCUAAACUCUGAGUUCAAUACACGCAUGGCAAAGUAAGUUGAAUAUAAUAUCUUUGUUCGUAUAAAUAUCGGAAUAUAAUGUUUUGGAAAUUUGCUAGCAUUGAAUUGUUAAAGUUGCUGUUCACUAAAAAGAAUAUCGGCGUGCUUUAGAGUUUUAUUUGUAGAAACUUUGUACAACUAUAUUAAGUUUUAAGAAGUGUAAUACUCAUUUAUUAAUAUAUUUUAGUUGAAAAAAGGUCAACUGUCGAUAA